UUGAUAGCUUUGCGUUGAUAAAUAUUCUGCGUGGGUUGAUCGGAUAAAAUCAAAUGUAAAAGAAGGGUUUCCGGUUGUAUUGCAUGAAAUGGAUCUUGAAAUCCCCCUUCCCAGCAAGAUGAUGCAGGAGACAAGUGUCGUCACUGAGGACACUGUUGACUAUGACAGUUUUGAUGAGCAAAACUACGACCGGCCUGCCGAGAGAUGGGCACCCCUAGGAGCUGCUGUCAGCCCUACACCAUCACCAUUAGAAUCCAGCCACAUGUCUGAGACAGAACAGCUGAAAACCUUGGAGGAGGAACAGGAGCAGCUCAACUCCUCCCUAUUGGCUCUCACUACCCACUUCGCCCAGGUCCAGUUCCGACUCAAACAGAUCGUCACAGCAGCUCCAGAUGACAGGGAGAACCUGCUGAAGGAGCUUGAGGAGUUUGCCUUCAAGGGAAUCCCAGAUGUGAGAGGCUGCAAGGUGCAGGAUGCUCAGAUCCUGGAGGAGAUGAGUGACAAGGAGCAUGAGAUAAAGAUAUCGGAGCAGAGGGAGAAGCAGAGAGAGCUGAUCCAGCAGCUCAAGUCACAGCUCGAGGACCUGGAGACAUAUGCUUAUGAGACUGGGGACAAGGAAGUGAUGCCAACCAACCAGCUGAUGGAGAAACAGAGAGUUGUAAUUGAUGAACUGAAGCACAAACUGGACCUUGACCUACAGAACUUUGACAGACUCAGCACUGAAGAGCUGAGACAAGUUGUGGACCAUGCAAUUGGACAGAUUGUGAAUCCAGCCAAGGUGAAGGAGAAGCUGGUAGACCAGCUGAAGACACAAAUCACAGACCUUGAGAGGUUCAUACAGUUCCUGCAAGGGGAAGCAAGCAGCCCUGGUCCUCUUGGGAAGGAGAGAUGUUUCUGUCCUGUGCAUAAGUUUAAUUUCCAGGGAUCAGAUGAUACGUCAGACAGCGCUAAGGAAUGCUGCGAUCCGCAGCAUAAAAACAAGUUCACAGCUCCAAAGAAUCAAAAGCAUCUGAAUGAGUCAACAGCAUCACUGAUGAGGAAAGCACUGACAAUGCUGCAGAUCUAUAUUAUCAGUCAGCUUGGAUGUGGCAGUCGGGAAUUUAAACGCAACCUGUUGAAGAAAACAGCCAAGGGAAAUCACUGGGGUGAUCUACGAGCCAAAGUGGAGUUAGCAAUUGAUAAGACUUUAGAAAAGGCUCAAGAACAGGAUGAAGAAUUAGAGACAGACAGUGAGAAUGAAUAUUCAGAUGACUCUGAGACUGUUAAAGUGAGCAGUCCAGCCCUGACACAGUGUGUGCGUAGAGACAACUAUAUUUUAAUGCGUCGAGACCUCUCCAUGGCAAUCCGAGACCUGAUGCAGCAUGGGCUGAUGGAGAUUGGCCAGAGUUCAAGUGUUGUUCCACUUGGCUGUUUCUCUGGCAAGUCACAGAGAGCUACUAAGACACUACAUGCGUGGGAUCUCUUACUGAAGUACUACGAAAUGAAGCAUGGGCGAGAGUACAACGAGUCACCUGCAAGGAAACUGUCUCAGUCCUUUCACCUGAACAUUGUGGGAGGGAAGCCUAUCACAGCUAAACAGACCCUGCUUGGUGCUAUAGACACGGUCAUCACAUCGCACACGCCUCUCAAGAGGACUGAAGAUUCCCACUUCAAAGCCUUUGUCAGUCUGGCUCUCAAUGAGAAGAAGCUGGCUACAUGGCUCCGCCUCCUGUUCCGCACACAAACACUGAUCGACCUGUACUACCAAGACUGGAGCUACAUUGCCAGGACAGGUUUUGAUGACACACUGAAGUCCUUGGAGCGCCUCAAUGCAGUCAAUUUCAAGCUGCCUGUUGAUCUGGCAGUUCGGAAUUUUAGCAACAUCCGGGAUGCAUUCUAAAGAAAAGUAGUUGUUGAUUGCCAGUAGACUUUCAACCACCACGUGUAUAAAGUAACAAGUGUUCAGACAGCAGCAGUGGCAGGAGACCUUCGAUGGCUGUCAGCUUGGCCUCAGAACCAUGGCAGAGUAUCCAGUCUGUGGCAUAUUUGCUAUUGAUGGUUACUCUUCCACAGACAAAAUGAAAGGUUGACUUGUAUACAGAUCAAGUCCAAGCCAAGCAUUAACGACCCCAAGGGAUAUGAUAGGUAAUGAAGAACAAGACAGAAACAGGUGCCCUCCACUGACGAUCUUCCAUCAAUAUGACAAUAUGCUUUGGCAGGACAAUAUAACGAUAAUUGAACUUCAGGUGUAGUAGACAGUUGGACACAGAUUUAAAAAGGUCUGGACAUAGAUCAGGGCCUUUGUACACAAAA